AUGGCUGUCCAUGCCUGCUUCCGUGCCCAGUGCGGCAUUUGCGGCAGGGCGCUGGUCGCUGGUGAUCGCUUUAUACCGUUGAUAGGAGGCGAACUCUCGCCUGAAUCUCCCCCGUGCCUGAAGGGCGCAAAGUUUCCCAGGGGAAACGAGGGUGCUUUUAAUUAUCACGGGAGGACGCUCUGCUGGCGUCAAAAGUGUCAGCAAUGCAAGCACGGUAGCAGAGCAGUCGGUGUCCACUCCGACUGCUUCGUAUUAUUUCAGCGAGAGUGCGGUCUUGAAGAUGCGCUCGAUCGUCUGUGGGUAGCGGUCCUAUCACGAAGCCCGUGGUAUUUCUCGCUGAAUGCCCGCGUUAAUGGGAGAGCCGAUUGCCCGCUGGAGCUUAUAUACGAAAAGGCGGACAAGUUCGGACUUUCCGCCUGGAGGCUGCUGCCGCGGGAGCUGACAGACAUGAUACAAGACAGCUCUGAAUCAGCAUUAUUUUGGCUCUACCUCUCCGCCUUGAGCUUUAUCAGGGAUCUUCCUGGAGAAGAUUCGUCUGAUGGCUCGUCCCACGUUUCGGUGCCCCUCAAUAACAUACUGGCAUGGACGAGAGGAAGCGCCCCAAUUAUUACCCCAGAGGAAGAAGGGCCACCUAUUGUACGUCUUACCAGUGAUUGUAGAGGUCUGAGACAAAUAGAAAGGCUAGACAGCAUGCCACACUACCAAGACUGGCGAUCAGACACCAUGGAAUUUGCCAUCCAGGAUGUGAGCCUCGUUAAAAGAGUCACUGCGGAGUUCAAGUACAACAUCUUGCGCCUAGAGACGCCGAACAUCAACCAUGGGUUCCAUAUAUGGGAUAUGCCUAACCCACCCCUAUUAGAAGACUGCAAGUUCUGUGGGCAUGUUGGAAACUCCAUGCGAUUCUCGACAAUCGAUUUACACGCAGUCACUGGUCUCACCUUUUUCUUCUCCCACAGUAAAGUAUACGCAGUACAUCCGCACACCCCAUCUUCUCCAGAUGCGACGAAAACCUUUAAGCGAUUCUCGCGGCAACGCCGGGCAAGUCUCGCUUGGGUGUAUCUUCCGUUGCCUAGAGGUGAUGAGAUCAUAUCAUUUGGUAUACGUGUGAAAGCUGCGGAGGGGAGGACAGUGUCACAAAUGCCUUGCUUUAUGUUCCGCACCAAGCUGGCCGGAGAAGUCAUUCUCGGGCCACUUCCAGCUAGAUAUACACAUCAGGAUGUUGUUCUUGAGCCAUCGUCCCCGAAGCUGCUAAUACACAACAACACCAACUUUGGUCCCAUCACGGUCUUUGGCGCAUUUACCCCAGAAAAAGAUGAUUCAGUUCCUAGUUUUUUGAACACUCCACCUUCCAAUUUUCCAACUGGUCCAGCACUUUUCUCUUCUGUUUCACUCGAGUCUGUCACAUGCAUUGAAACUUUUCAUGGCAAAAAGACAGGCACAGUCGCAGGCAUCUUGUUUCAUUACGAAAACGGGGCACAACGUGCCGCGGGGAACUGUCGAAUCGGCCUUGACAAAGUCCAGACUUACAUCAAUCCUACCCGUCUAUGUUGGCACUCUAUAUUGAAGCUACCGAAUUCAAUGUAUGCCAUCUAUGAGUUGGUCAGCGGGAAUAGUUCUACUUAUCAUUUACAUAAGACACACCCAACCGCAACCCGAACUGAUACUUGGGUAUGUACAGAUCUCGUAGGAACGAUGGAGUUCUGGUUUUCCCAGGAGGAGUCUUCGAUUCUCAUCCACCAUCCAUGA